AUGGAGACCCCAUACAGCCCUGGGCUUCCCAGCGGGUGCCGCCGAGCUGGCUCAGAGAAUACUGGCAGUGCCAGGGGCGCACGUGGCAUUGAGUUCCCGCCGGGCCACUAUCAAGACAACGAAGGUCCUGUCUUAGCUCAACAGCUUGCUGGCGCGCUGCCGGGCUCUUCCACCCAGGACAGGACCGGCAGAGCCCCGCUCCCGGGGGCCAAACCCGCACUUUCUCAAGUCCCCAGAGGUCAGCAAGGUGGCAGCGGACCGGCUGGCGGGUGUGUUUACCAGAAGGGAAAGAGCCCGAGCUCCCCCCGCUGCCGCCGCGGCGCGGGUGUGUGGAGCGGCCAGAAGGAGCCUAGGAGUGUCGGUGGCAGCGGACCCAGGUGGCUCCCGGCGCAUGUGCAGCCCGGGACCCCGACCCCCACCCUCUGCUCACCUUGGGUGGGGGGCAGACGCCCCUCCUGCAGCCGCGGACGCCUCUGGGAGCGCAGCGCCUGGGCGGCGCGUCCACACUCUCUGUGUCCCCUGUCGGGCGGGCCCAGCCUUAACCAGCACCCGCGCUCAGCACUUUGCUGCGCGCCGGAUCCCGGCAGCCUUGGAGGUUCAGCCCGACAGCUUGGUGAUAUUCUCGUCCACUGUCACCCCUUCGGAACACGUCCGGGAGCUGGGGACCCUCCGGGCGACACCAGUCCCCGAAGCAAGACAGGCACGAAGUGGACCUACGGCGUUGAUAGUUGUAUUUAUACCCGUCCGGAGCUGCACCCCGAGACAAAUCAGGCAGCACCCUCUGUAUCCUUGAUGAAAACAACCAGAUUGGGCUGCAGCAGACAGAUCGCGACAAAAGGUCCAGAGUGAAGGUAUAGCAGUGGAAAAGGCACAAGGAGUUCUCUCUGACAAGAGCACAGUGUCAGGCUGUGAUGGUUUCACUUCUUAAAUUUCACACUAUCUCCCAGAAUUUCCAGAUCAAGGUCAAAAUCCUUAGCUUAGCACAAGGGGUCCUAGAGUAAGGGAUCUAACCCAAGAUGGUCACGGAUCCCUUUGAAAAUAUAAUAAAGUGCUAUGCUUCCA